GGAAGGGGAGAAUGGAAGAUUCCCUUGCGCGAACGCCUUGGCGUCAGCGCGCUGCGUCCGGGCGGUUUCCGAGCCGCCCCCUCCCGCCCCACCGCAAUCCCGGGUUAACCCUUCCUCCGCCGGAACCCGGGCGCGGAAGGUUGAGGGUCUUGCCUUUCUGGGUCGUGGGAGGGAGUUUGGGACCCAGGGCUCCCAAAUCCUAGAGAGGAGGGAACUGAGGGUCCAGACUCCUGGGACCUGAAGAAGAGAUAGUACGAGUGGGACUUUGUUUUUUGAAUAGAGUCUCUUUCUGUCGCCCCGGCUGGAGUGUAGUGGCGCGAUCUCGCUCGCUGCAACCUCAACCUCUGCCUUCUGGGUUCAAGUGAUUCUCCUACCUCAGCCUCCUGAGUAACUGGGAUUACAGGCUCCCGCCAGCACGCCUGGUUAAUUUUUAUAGUUUUAGUAGAGACGGGAUUUCAAUAUGUUGGCCAGGCUGGUCUCCAACCCCUGAUCUCAGGAGAUGCGUCCGCCUCGGCCUCCCAAAGUGCUGGGAUUACAGGCAAGAGCCACUGAGCCAGGCCCCUUGUGCGGCCUUUGACUUCUCGACAUUCCUCGGGGAGUGGUGCUGGGGACUCCUGAUUUCUAGAGUGAGUAGGGGUGAGCGCAACCACUGUCCAACGCAGACUGUGAAGAAGCUUCUGGAAGAGCAGAGGCGCCGCCAGCAGCAGCAGCCCGACGCUGGCGGGGUGCAGGGACAAUUUCUCCCUUCUCCAGCGCAGCCCCUGACCCCAUCUGCGAAUGAGGCUGUGACUAGCCACCCUCCUUUCCCAGCACACCCGGAGACUGUGGGUUCUGGAGUUAGCAGCCUGGGUCCCCCCAUGGGCUUUCCAGACUGGGAUCCCAACACGCAUGCUGCCUACGCAGACAGCUCUUACUCUUGCCCUGCUCCUGCUGCCGAAAGUUUCCUGCCUCCCGACUUCUACCCACCCUCGGACCCAGGGCAGCCGUGCCCAUUUCCCCAGGGCAUGGAGGACCCCCAGGACACCCGGCUCUAUGCAGGAUCUUCCCUGCCACAGGCGGGACCCUGGAGAGUUUCUGCACUCCCUUCAGGACCCCCUCAGUUCCCCUCUGUGGUCCCUGGACCAUCACUGGAGGCAGCCCGAGCUCACAUGCUGGCUUUGGGGCCACAGCAGCUGCUGGCCCAGGAUGAGGAGGGGGACACGCUCCUGCACCUGUUUGCGGCCCGGGGGCUGCGAUGGGCGGCGUACGCUGCGGCUGAGGUGCUCCAGGUGUACCGACGUCUUGACAUUCGUGAGCAUAAGGGCAAGACCCCUCUCCUGGUGGCAGCUGCUGCCAACCAGCCCCUGAUUGUGGAAGAUCUGCUGAACCUGGGAGCAGAGCCCAACACCACUGACCAUCAGGGACGUUCAGUCUUGCACGUGGCCGCUACCUACGGGCUCCCAGGAGUUCUGUUGGCUGUGCUUAACUCAGGGGUUCAGGUUGACCUGGAAGCCAGAGACUUUGAGGGCCUCACCCCACUCCACACAGCCAUCCUGGCCCUUAACGUUGCUAUGCGCCCUUCCGACCUCUGUCCCCGGGUGCUGAGCAUGCAGGCCCGAGACAGGCUGAAUUGUGUCCACAUGUUGCUGCAAAUGGGUGCUAAUCACACCAGCCAGGAGAUCAAGAGCAACAAGACAGUUCUGCACUUGGCUGUGCAGGCUGCCAACCCCACUCUGGUUCAGCUGCUGCUGGAGUUGCCCCGGGGAGACCUGCGGACCUUUGUCAACAUGAAGGCCCAUGGGAACACGGCGCUUCACAUGGCAGCUGCCCUUCCCCCUGGGCCGGCCCAGGAGGCCAUCGUUCGGCACCUGUUGGCAGCUGGGGCAGACCCCACACUGCGAAACCUGGAGAAUGAGCAGCCCGUUCACUUGCUGCGGCCUGGGCCGGGCCCUGAGGGGCUCCGGCAGCUGUUGAAGAGGAGCCGUGUGGCGCCGCCAGGCCUGUCCUCUUAGGACUCAAGCCCAGACCCUGGACUGAUUUUCCAGUCCCCACCGUCCUGCGGGACAGCCAGCGUAUGCUAAUGUUGCAAAUCCAUGAUAAUGUAUGUGGAAUAUCCUGCCAUUAGGGUCUUACAUUAAAACCCCAGAAUGGCUGCAGGAAGGUGAACAGUCCCCAAUAUUUGGGGUGCUGUGAUACCCCUCUUCCACCCACAAGGAGCCCUCUUAAUGACUUCUGUGAAAUCGAGGCCCCUUGAUUGUUUCUGUGAAACACCCUGCACCCCUCGUCCCUUCCCCACUGUGAUCUUUCAGGUUCUCUCCCCAACUCAGCUCUGUUCCCAGAGACCCAGAUGGAAUCCCCCUCCAUGGUGCUUGGGGCAUCCCAUUACCAUCUCAGUAAGGCUCCUACGAUGGCCUCCUCGCCCUCCCAGGGACCCACAUCCUUCAGAUCCUCACCCUGAGACAUGAGGGACCCUCAGGUCCCACUGCUCUCUGAUUCAGAAUUCAGCUAGGCCCCGUUCCAGACCCCAGCAUUCUCAGUCACUCCCUCCCUAAUCUGAGCAUCACUCAAGCUCUUUAUUAAAUUCAAUUUGGGCCGAGUGCGGUGGCUCAUGCCUGUAAUCCUAGCACUCUGGGAGGCCGAGGUGGGUGGAUCACUUGAGGUCAGGAGUUUGGGACCAGCUUGGCCAACAUGGUGAAGCCCUGUCUCCACCAAAAAUACAAAAAAAAAAUUAGCCAGACAUGGUGGCGCACACCUGUAGUCCCAGCUACUUGGGAGGCUGAGGCAGGAGAACUGCUUGAACCCAGGAGGCGGAGGUUGCAGUGAACUGAGAUUGCACCACUGCACUCCAGCCUGGGCAACAGAUCAAGACACUGUCUCAAAA